GGGGUCGCUGUGGGCGGCUCGCGGGUCCUGCCUGCGCUGCCCACGGCGUGUGAUGCGAUGAGUGCCCUCUUGGGCUGGCUGUCCAACGGCGAGAGUAGUCUAAGCUUUUAUGCCGCGUUUCGUGUGCAUUUUUAUUGAUGGGUGUAUUGACCACUGAGAGCAGCUGGCGACUAAAAAGCCUUCUCACCACGUGCUGUGUUUUCCCACCCGGCACAGCCUCCUAACCCUGUGCAAGCUGAGAUUUACAGAUGGGAAGUUUUCUGUUGGGGCUGUUAGUGCCGGCAGAGGUUGUCCACCUCUCUUCUGUCGCAGACUAACGGGUCACCUCUUUCUCAUACAGUUGGACUGGAGCUGGCACGCUUCUGUAUUUUUAAAUUAUACAAUUUGCUGAUACCGUGGAACUUUGAUGAGGCAUUUUUUUAGACGCUCUUAGCAUGAUAUUAGUAACAACAGUACAGUAAAGACCAGACGAACUUGCAGCCUAAAUAGCUGCCUGUGGUUAGUGAUGGUAUGAAUCUUGUUGAAAAAAUUAAACAAAUUUUGGUAUGAUGUAUACUUGAUCUUUGCUAGGUUAUCAGCAUUUUGAACUUGGAAGAUAAUGGUAGUGAUCUUUCAGUAUUUUACAUACCUUUCCCUGGUCUGUGCCAUGGUAAGGAACAUGGAGUACAAACUUCUUCCAUAGGUCUUCAUGCCAGGACUGAGAAGGAGCGAGGAGGUGGGCACACUGAAAACUGCCGUAGGCUUCUGCAGGAUCUGAACUGGUCUUUUUUUAUUCCUAAAUCGGGUGUCUCACACAAGAAGAAGAGAAGGUUUUGUAAUGUGGUGCUAGAGUUUGCUGAAGCCACACAACUGUGUUUCCUGGUAGAGCAUGUUGAAAAAUAAGGAUCAUCCAUCUAAAAAAGGUAACUUAGCAGUCACUGCAGUUGCCUUACAGGACCACAUUUUACAUGAUCUUCAACUUGGACAUCUCUCAGUAGCAGAUCCUUGGAAGACAAAAGUGCAAAAGAAUGAGAACAAGUCAAAAUCUCUGAAAAGAAAUGCAAAGGCCAUAAUAGAUACUGGGCUUAGAAAAACUACAGAGAGCCCCAAAGUGGAAGAUCCAGAAAGGGAAUAUGUUCUAGACCCCACACCACCAUCGUUAAGUUUAGGCUUGGUGCUUUCUAGUAAAACACUCAGUUUGAAUAACAUCCACAAAUUGUCCAUCCACAACUGGAUUCCUGCUAUGCUCUCUCAGAAACUAGGCCUCUUGGCACCUCCCCCAUUGCCACUGUCAUCUGAUGAAUGGGAGAAAGUGAAGCAGAGAUCCCUCCUGCAAGGGGACUCCACGCAGCCAUGCCCAAUAUGUAAAGAAGAGUUUGAGCUCCAUCCCCAGGUGCUGCUUUCCUGCUCACACGUAUUCCACAAGGCAUGCCUUCAGGCUUUUGAAAAGUUCACAAAUAAAAAAACCUGUCCCCUCUGUAGAAAGAACCAGUAUCAAACCAGAGUGAUACAUGAUGGGGCCCGCCUGUUCAGAGUAAAGUGUGCCAUCAGAAUCCAAGCCUUUUGGAGAGGGUACAUCGUUAGAAAGUGGUACAAAAAUCUGAGAAAAAUAAUCCCUCCUACGGAUGCCAAUUUAAGAAGAAAGUUCUUUGAGGAAAAGUUCACAGAAAUCAGCCACCGAAUCCUGUGUUCAUAUAACACCAACAUAGAUGAACUCUUCUCAGAAAUUGACCUCUGCAUGGCUGUAAAUCGCAGCAUUCUUCAACAGCUAGAUGAAAGAUGUGGCUGUGAGAUCACUGAGGAGAAAUGGGAGAAAAUCCAAGAGCAGGCUGCUCACCGUGAGAUCUCUGAAUGUUCCAUCUGUCUGACUCCACUGUCCCUCCAUGGUGACUGCCAGCAAGCAUCUGUAGAGACUAGCAGUCAGCAUCCCCGAACGACAGUCCUUCUGUCCUGUGCACAUGUGUUCCACCAUGCCUGCCUUCUGGCCUUGGAGGAGUUUUCUAUGGGAGACAAUGGUCCUUUCCAUGUCUGUCCUCUCUGCCGCUCCUGCUACCAAAAGAAAAUUCUUGAAUGCUGA